AAAAAUUAUUUUAUGAAAUAAGAAAUUCUAUAAGACUCUGAGUUAGAACAAUAGCUUAAAAUAGACACUAACGAAGUCAUUAAAUAAUUGUAAAUCUUGCAGAAAUCUUUGAGUUAAUUAAGCAAAUUAAUCUAAGCUCCGGGCAUUGAGAGACAGUCUGAAUCUGAGUUAAUUCAAUAAAAUUAAAAAUUUUUAGAAAGUUAGCUAAAGCCUAUUAUUGAAAAUUUUAAUUAUAAAAUGAAAGAAUAUGAGGAAAAAAUGAAUUAAAAAUUGAACAGUAAAUUGUAAGAAGCAGAUAUUUAGAAAUGUAUGAUAAUAUAUUAAUGAUAAAGAAUAUUAAGAUUUUGAAGAAUAGAUGCAAUAAUUUUAUGAAUGUUAUAAAAUCAUUUGGGGCUAAGCUUUUUAUUAUUUGCAAAGAAAAAGAAUAAUCCUAAAUCAAGAUCCAACUAAAAAAAGUUUAUUAAUUAAUAAGUUAUUGUCAUGAAAAAUUGCAUUUGAAAAUUUUAUCAAAUUUAAUAUAAAAUUCAAG